AUGUGGUCGGGCAUCGGAUGUGUGGUCAUGUUCAUGGUGAUGCAGGUCGUGGAUGGAAGUAAGUUUGGUUUUGUUGUAUUAGUAUUGCAGUAUAUGAACUUUAAUGGAUGUAGCCAGGCUUGGGAAGGUUUAAUGUUUAAGGUUAAGGCAUGUCUUAUAUAGGGAGUGGGUUAGAGUAAGGUAGUGUUAAAGCAAGGGCAAAGUAUUGCUACAGUAAGGGUAGGAUAGAAGAAUGGUAAAGGGCACUCUAGAGACUAGAAUAAGUCAAAAGCUAGGCUAAAAAAUGACUAAAAUAGGGCUAAAAAAGCUUGAUGUAAAGCUGUUGUAAGGCUGGGUUAAGGCUUUGACAGGGUCAUGAGCUAGGCUAGGUCAGGACUCGGUGCAGACCUAAGAAGAACUGAAACGAAACGUGGGUAAGGUUGGACAUAAGGCUGAGUAGAGUAAGGCUUCAGGCAUCAGGCUUCAGGCUCAGGCUCAGGCUCAGACUCAUACUCAGGCUCAGGCUCAGGCUCAGGCUCAGGCUCAAACUCAAACUCAAGCUCAAGCUCAAGCUCAAGCUCAAGCUCAAGCUCAAGCUUAAUCUCAAGCUCAACCUCAAGCUCAAGCUCCAGCUUAAACUUAAGCUCAAGGUUCAGGCUCAGGCUCAGGCUCAGGCUCAGCCUCAGGCUCAGGCUCAGGUUUAGGCUUAGGCUCAGUCUUACGCUUACUCGCACUACGGCGCAAAUUCAGGCUUAGGGUCAAUCCAAGCUCAAGCUCAAACUAAAGUUUAAGUUGAAGUUCAGGCUUAGGUUCAGGCUAAACUUAAAGUCAAGCCUAACGCUUUCAAAACUAUGAAACCAAAAAUUAUAUCUAAAUUAGUACCAAAAACCAAUAAGAACUGAAUUCCUCUUACUAAUUUCAAGCCAUUCUCUUUAUGAAACCAGAUUUCUUAAACCUUAAAAGUGCAUGUUAUAUCAUCCUUUCCUACUCUAUUCCCUGUAACUCAUAAGACACGUCACAUGUAGUUCCUAUAUAGUCAUUAUUCCUAUCGACAAAAGUCUAAAAAUAAAUUUUAAUUGCAUAUUACAAUAUAUAGUUUUAAUUACUGUUUUCGCUUACAUAUGCUUCUUGGAUGCCUUCAAAGAAAAAUGCUUUUUUAGUAAAACUUUCCUGUUUUUGAACAAUAAUAAGCUUGUAGUACAAUGUACUCCUGGCCAGACAAAAAUAAGUUUUUGUUUUUGACGUUUUAAUAUGUCAGCAUGCUUAAUGUCAUAGCUAUUUUAUGUUUUUUGUCGUCUUGUUUAGCAUAAUUUUUGCAUAAUUUUGAAUAUUUGUCAUUUCCUCGUUUAAGUUUUGAAAAUUUGUAAGCUUUUUGGGGGGUGGUAGGGCUAGAAAUGGCUUUUACAACAAGGUGGAGGUAGGGUUGUAGUAGGGUCAGGUUUGACUAAAGUAAUGCUUUGGUAAAGCAUUAAUAGACAGGAAAAAUUUAAGUUAAACUAAGACUGGCUACGGCUAUACGCUGUGGGAAUGGCAUAGACUUGAGCUAGGAGAUGAGCUCAGAAUCAGGAUCAGGAUUCAGAGCAUGAUUUGGUUCAGCAUGAGCAUUAGGUCUAAAGCUAAGGCUACAGUUAAGGUGUAAAUUCAAGCCCAGGCUCAGGCUCAGGCUCAGGUACAGGCUCAGGCUCAGACUUAGGCUUAGACUCAGGCUUACGCUCAGGCUCUCAAGCUCAGGCUCAAGCUCAGGCUCAGGCUCAGGCUCAGGCUCAGGCUCAGGCUCAGGUUCAGGCUCAGGCUCAGGCUCAGGUUCAAAGUUCAAGUUUAAGUUCAAGUUCAAGUUCAAGCUCAGUCUCAAGCUCAGUCUUAAGCUCGAGCUAAAACUCAGGCUCAAAGUUAAUCUUAUGCUCAGGUUACCCUUAGGCUCAGGUUCAGGCUCGAACUCAUGUUUAGGUUUAAGUUCAAGCUAACAAGGAAAGGUCCCCACCGCGCAUUGGACUGGUGAAAAACUGGUACAUACAAGUUGUAGGGCAUGGUCAAAUUAGUCAUAAACCGAAAAAAAAUUUACCCCUCGUGGGGGUUUUUUAAAAAAUUUUAUUACGUCAAAGUUUAAAAACCUUAAUUGCGCUCGCGCUAGACUCGGAAAAGAAGAGGAGAGAGUUCCGUGAUGCAAUAGCGCAGGGGUUGCGCUCUCGGUUAACGCUCAAAGCCCGUUGGUUCGGGUCGCGGCGUAGGCACACCCUUUUUUGCCUGAAUUAAAAUUUUUAAAAAUAAAAAAUUAUUUUUUUGGUCAUUUGUUCGUUCUAUUACUCUUUAAAUAGUAAUUUUAUUUUAUUUUUGUUUGUAAUAAUGGAGAAGUUUUGUCCUGAGGUGAUCUCAACGUGCCUUACGAGCUGGUGGAAAGUAUGUGGUUUUAGGAAUCGAAUAAUGGCCGGAAGAAAACGUAUAAACAGAUGGAAACGAAGUUCGAACGACGAAUCGAUUGGUAAAAAAACAUCCGGUCGAUUGUAUCGUUAUGUUGAGCUGCGAAAUCAAGAGAAUCUGGAGACUUAUAAGAGUUUACUUGCUGAUAAAAUGAUUUUUGAGAAGUUCAGAGCUAUUUGAUUGUGCUUUUAGGUAAUUAUGCUAAAUAAAUAGAAUUGUAAGUAUAAUAAUACUAUUUAAAUUAUAUUAAAAACAAGCUUAAUAAAUAGAGAAAUCGAUUUUUAAUGUAAACAAAACAAAAGUUGACCAAAAAAAAUAAUUUUUUAUUUUUAAAAAUUUUAAUUCAGGGACAAAAGGGUGUGCUCCCGGCACGACUCGAACCGACGUGCUUCGAGCGUUAGCCGAGAGCGCAACCACUGCGCCAUUGCAGCACGGCACUCCCCUUUUCUUUUUUGAGUCUAGCGCGAGCGCAAUUAACAUUUUAAACUUCGACGUAAUAAAAUUUUUUUUAAAAAACCCCCCACGAGGGGUAAAUUUUUUUUUGGUUUUUGACUAAUUUGACCAUGCUCUACAACUUGUAUGUACCAGUUUUUCACCAGUCCAAUGCGCGGUGGGGACCUUUCCUUGUAAGGCAGGCCAGUGCGAGUUAAGCAUGUAGAGGUAGGAUGGGACUAAUUUAGAAGUUAUUGAAUUGUAAAAAAAUAAUCAAAUUAAAUUAAUUUUUAUUAAAAAAUCUUAAUUUUUUUGAUUUCAGAUCUAUCAAGUGAAGCUCGCACACCUCAACUACCGUACCAGCUUCCAGGCGCUUACAAUCUUGUAGCCGACAAAUUGGACCCCAAAAUCUUGGAAAUGGAGUUGGCCGGAGUGCUGCCACAACAACAAGAUGAGAAACCAGAGAUGGAAGAAGAGAAUGUGUUCAACAUGGUACAACCCGCUGUACCAACGGUACCACGACGACAGGUUUGCUGGUGCUGCAGGGCCUAUGUGUGCCAUUAUCAGCGUUGCCCUUGCUCUAAGUUUAUGUUGUAA